GCGAAUGCAGCCUGCCUGGCUGCUCCAGGCAGUCCGGCAUCCCUUCCCAUGCACACACUGUGCUCACAGGACGACUCCUCACCCUCUCCAGGCUCUUUUGCAGCCCCGCGGAUCUGAACAGCAUGUUCACCUCGGACUGUUGGAAGACCAGCCUUGCAUAGCUGAUGUGAUCACAGAUGGCCCCGGCCCUGCCCUCCGGGUAUGAAAUACAGACAACAGUCAGCAGGACGCAACAGCUGCAGAAGACAGAGUUAUGAGAUCUACCUGGCAGGGGAAAGCUGGUCGCAGCCCACUCCAGGCCCUGUACGAGAGUGACCAGUUUGAGCAGUCAUCACUGCAGGCGGUUCACCAGCAGAGACGGGAGCUGUUGAGCAACAUCUGCAACCGUUACACCCGCAAGCGGCGUCUCCUGCGUCCGGAUGACUUGCGGCACUUGGUGGUGGAUGACACGCAUGGGCUGCUCUACUGCUACGUGCCCAAAGUGGCUUGCACUAACUGGAAACGGGUGAUGAUGGUCCUGACAGGGCAAGGCAAGUACCGGGACCCGCUGGAAAUCCCCGCCAACGAGGCCCAUGUCUCAUCUAACCUGCGCACCCUCUCCGAGUACAGCAUCCCCGAGAUCAACCACCGCCUGCGCAGCUACCUCAAGUUCAUCUUUGUGCGGGAGCCCUUUGAGCGCCUGGUCUCGGCGUACCGCAACAAGUUUACCCGCAGCUACAACACGGCCUUCCACAAGCGCUACGGCACCAAGAUCAUCCGGCGGCACCGGCAGGAGCCCAGCGACAAGGCCCUGGAGCGUGGGGACGACGUGCGCUUCGAGGAGUUCGUCUACUACCUGCUGGAUCCACGGACGCAGCGGGAGGAGCCCUUCAACGAGCACUGGGAGCGGGUGCACUCGCUCUGCCACCCCUGCAUCGUCCACUACGACGUGGUGGGCAAGUAUGAGACCUUGGCCGAAGACGCCAACUACAUCCUCCAGCUGGUUGGGGCCGACAUGAGCGUCAAGUUCCCAUCUUCAUCCAAGACCACCAGGACGACAGAUGACAUGACGGCCCAGUUCUUCCAGGACAUUAGCCCCUUCUACCAAAGGAGACUCUUUAAUUUAUACAAAAUGGACUACUUGCUCUUCAAUUACUCCAUCCCCUCGUACCUCCGCAUCCGAUGAGGCAGGGGUUGGGGGGAGAGGCGAAGGAGAGCUGGGUAACUCUCAUCUUGCCACAAUUCCUCUCCUCCCACCCUGUGCUCAUCUCUUCGUUGACUUUUCCCCUGUGCCCUCUCCGUUAUGGUCUGCUCCACAUCCUGAUGCCUCAUUCAUGCAUGGUCUGGAGGGAGGACACCUCUCAAAACACUGGGGCUGGAGCUUUUCCUUCCCUUUCCCUCCCACCCUUCAACACCUAUAGGGGAUGGUGGCGGGACCAGACACUGCUGGGUAGGAGGGCUUGCCUUGGCUGGGGACUUCUUUUUAACUAAGAAACUCUGUAGAUCCAAGUCUUGGGAAGGCUCCUUUUUUGGGCAGGAUCCCUUUAGGUCAUUCUCCUUACUGGGCUGUUUGGGGGCAGACAUGGCAUCUUGGGGGUAGGGUGGAGCGUGUCAGAGACUUUCAUAGAACCAGAAAUAAAGCAAUAAUUUAAUUUAA